GCGAGUUCCUCCUUGACUGGAAACUCAUUUCUUUAGACCUUGAUUUUGUAUCGGCCUUUAUCGGAAAUUAUGGCGACUUCUGAUUUCGCCUAUGACUUUGUAGAGGAUCAGACCUCACCAAGAUUGCGGCAGAAGGAACACGAGGAUUGGCUCAUAACAUCCAGCUUGGAGCCACUUCGUGAUGGUCUGGAAGAUUGCAACUUUCAGCACCUGCUCCAAGAAUUUGCGGCAGAACACGCUGGUGACUUCAUGGCCUUGUGGCCUGAUGGCUCCCACCCUCUGCUUUGGACUUUGCGACACCAAGAGUACACCAACAUCUUUGAAUCGCAACUGGAGAAUACCUUGGCAGAGAUUGGGAUGACAAGGGAGAGCUUUCAGUCCACCAUGCAGCAUUUGCAUGAAGUGAGGGAAACUCUUGGAGACACUGCAGAAAACUUGGACUCUUUCCUCACCAGCCUUACAGCUGCUGCUGACUAUGAUACCUUCUUGAAGGUGAUGCUGAAUGAAAUGAUCAGACAACAGGAAGCUGGUAUUCUUGCCGCUGCACCUGGCAGUCAGCAGAUCCAGGUCACUGUGCCGGAGGGGCUGAGUAUUGAUGCUGAUUACCGAAGGGGCUACCCACCGACGAUGCAGACCAUGCCCGUGGAGUAUCAAGGAUACACCUAUCAAGUUCCGAUUCCAUCGGGAUACGGUCCUGGUGCAUCCUUCAACGUCACGGUGGCCAUGCCCUGCCUGAGUUAGGCUAUGAAGACGACAUUUUUGCCAAACAAUUGUGAAGGUCUUCGGCUACAACGUCGGCCACGAAGCCGUUCCAAUGGUGAUUUUGCGGCGACUCUUGAGCUGUGUGAACUCCAUGAGUUGAGCAGGAUCCUGGGUUGAUUGGGCCUGGGAUUCAUCAGCGACGGCUUUUGAAAAAGUCCAUUGCUACCAGCUUUUACAAGCUUUUGCAAUGAAAAGAAUCUUUCAAGUCCUUUUACAGCGUUAGAUGACAUCCGUUUGAGCACGUCCCCCAAAAACCCUUG